AUGAACUUUCUAAUCGGUGGUGGAACAGGACUUAUAGGUCGAGCACUUGCUUCAUCACUCAGAGCAGCUGGACACAAAGUACAGAUAAUUUCACGUACUCCAAAGGAUGUUAGUGAUUUAAGUUGGAAUUCUAUCAAACAGGAUGGUUUACCUAAAAAUGUAGAUGUUGUCGUGAACCUAAGUGGCCGAAACAUUGGUGAAAUUAGUUUAUCACUUCUUUCUAAACAGAAUUACGACAAAUUUAUUGAAGAUGUCUUCUCUAGUCGUCUAGAUACAACCAGGCUCCUAGCUGAGGCCGCAAAAUCUGUUCCAUUGAAAGCAUUUAUAAAUGCAUCUGCGAUUGGUUUCUAUGCUCCAGAUUUGGAGGCCACUUAUGAUGAAUCUGCUCCAUACAAAGACUGUAGUUUGAUCACAAGUCUUGUCAAACAGUGGGAAGAUGCUGCUCAGUUACCCACCAGACCUGAUAUUCGACAAAUUCAGUUACGAACAGGUGUAGUUCUAGCCAAAGACUCAAAUUUUAUUCGUUCUAUUUAUCUCAGUCAUCGAAUGGGAUUUUGCAAUGCAAUUGGUUCUGGUCGCCAGUGGAUGUCUUGGAUUCAUCUAGGUGAUUUAAUUAGGAUAAUUGAAUAUGUAGCUGAUCCUAAGGUGUCUUUUUCGAAUGGACCUGUUAAUUGUACAGCUCCGAGCCCUGUCGCCAGGCCAUUUUGGCCAAAGCUGUUUCUGAAUCGCUCGGAGCGCCGUUUAAUCCUCUCAGUCUGA